CCUUAUUGCCUGCAAUACCAAACUGCAGAAACUGAAUAUUUUGUUCUUUUAAAAACUUCAUAUUUUGUUCUGGAUAUUCUUCUAAAAUCAAUGUUCUAUCAUACAUGUUAGGCUACAUAAUUGAAAAAGGGUUUCUACACUUACAAAACACUUUUUAGCUUUAGCUUUUCAAGAAACUUAUAAUGCUUCUUUUUUGGAAAGGAAGAGCGAUAGAUAUGUUCACAGACCAUGUUGAAGUUUUCUGGAGGAAUGAGGGCUUCUUCAAACAUCUCUGUGUCAUCCUGUACGUUGAAUGAAUCGAGCACUGACCAGUUGGGAUCUGGUAAAGUCUUUGGAACUGUUGAUGGAUUCGCUUCUUCUUGAGUUGGUUUAGUUGACAUUAUUUUGUUAAAAAAAGAGAAGGGAGAAAAGAGAGAGAACGGAUUUUAAAAAUAGCUACUGUCAUUAUCAAUGCACCUUUUUUUUUCUCUCUUUUUCUUUUCUAUAGUUUAAAUCAUGUCGACACGUUAUUCAAAGUUAUCUACUCAUGAUCAAGACCAUGUCUUAAUGGAAGGUCCAUCUACUUCAACACAACAACAAACUGACUUACAAGAUGCAUUUGGAGAAUCAUUUGAGGACGACGAGGAAGAAGAGGCCGAAGCAACAGAUAGAUUACUACCAUCUUCUUCUGAUCACCAUAGUAACGUCCAUAGCAACGCCCCUGGCAACCAAGAUAGCGACGAUGAAGACGAUGAUGAUCAUGUUGCGUUUAUGCCUCAGCCACAACCAUCUGUAGCAACAAGAAACAAUGCACCAGCCAUACUGCCGAUAUCUACAGACGGUGUAUUUGCAAACAUGUCAGCAAAGCCAGAAAGUGAUAGCAACAAGUUAGAAGAGACACCGCCUACAUAUGAAGAAGCAGCAGCAGAUGCCACUCCGCCUUAUUGGCAAACUACCAUUAUUGCUCCAGCAGGCAUGGGUGAUAUUGUGUUAGUCGAAGGCAUGCCUGUUGGUAACAUAUUCUCUUUUUUCUGGAACUUAAUGAUAUCAGCAAGCUUUCAAUUUGUGGGGUUUAUGCUGACUUAUUUAUUACAUACAUCGCAUGCAUCCAAGCAAGGAUCACGGGCUGGUCUUGGCAUAUCGCUUGUUCAGACUGGAUUUUAUAUUCGUAGCCGUGGGACAUUGGAAGAUGAUGAGUAUUAUUACAAUAAUGAAUCAAGCGGUCAAACAUCCUCAAGCAGUAAAUCGGAAGAUAACGUGGAUGCUGACAUUGUCGCUUAUUUCUUGAUGAUCAUUGGGUGGUUUAUCAUUAUUCGUUCCUUGGCAGAUUAUUUUAGGGCUAAACAGAUGGAAAAGAUUAUUUGUGCUGAGCCCACAGUGGAGUCUAUGGUUUAAAAUAAAAGAUAUACCUUUU